AUGAAGUCCAGGGAAGACGUUGAGAUCAAGACACUCGACGGGCUUGUGCUCCGGGGGUAUCUCUUCUCGGGGGCUCCAAGGAGUCCCGCCAUCAUCAUGACGCCAGGGUUUAACAUCGUCAAAGAGACCAUUAUCGACGACGUGGCUGAACACUUCCAUGCCGCCGGCUUCACAGUACUGAGCUACGACCCGAGAUCAGUCGGAGCCAGCGAUGGUACGCCACGAAAUGAGAUACACCCAACUAAGAAUAUGGAGGACUAUUAUGAUGCCCUCACUUUUCUCAAGGGCCAGCCUUCAGUAGACCCAGGCCGUAUCGCCUUCUGGGGCUACUCUUUCAGCGGGAUGGUGGCCCUGUGUUCUGCUGCGCUAGAUAAGCGCGCCAAAGCCGUCAUAGCUGUCUCCCCGCUGACCAUUUGGGAAUUCACCAAAUGGCGCCAGGUCCUGACAAAGUCUAUGAAGGACCGCGAGUCUCGCCUGAGUGGGAACAAGCCUGUCUACCUCCCCAUGCUGACCGACUCAGGGGAGCAACCGGCCGGCUUUGGAACCGGCUUCAUCAAUGAGAACGUACAUGACAUCAUCGCCAGAGCCGUCGAAGUCCAGCCUACCUUCAGACCAGAUACGACGCUAAGUAGCUACUACCACAUUGCGGCCUUCAAACCCUUCGAGCUCAUGCGCUUCGUAUCCCCCACACCCGUCAUGGUCGUCAACGGCUCAGAUGACCUGAUCUCGCCGACUCAACUGCAAAGGUCGUUGGUUUAUGACGUCUUCCAAGGACAGAAACAGCUGCUCACUGUCCCAAACAAAGGCCAUAUGGACAUUUUGAGCGGGCAGGACUCCAUAAAGGUGUUUGACGCCCAGGUGGCAUUUCUUCGUCGCGUUCUGAAUUAA